AUGGCGGCGCCGGAGGAGCGGCUCGUGUCGGAGGGCGAAGGCGGCGCCCCGGGCUCGGCGCGGCUCUCCCCGGCCCCGCUGCCGGAGGCCGCCGAGCCGCUGGCGCCCAUGGAGCCGCCGCCUCAGAGCAACACGCUCAUGGGGCUGCCCAUCGUGGCUAUCGAGAGCAUCCUCAGCUUCCUGUCCUACGAUGAGACGAGCCAGCUGCGCUUGGUUUGUAAGCGCAUGGACUUGGUUUGCCAGAGAAUGUUAAAUCAGGGAUUUCUGAAAGUGGAGAGAUACCACAACUUGUGUCAAAAGCAAGUUAAAGCUCAACUUCCAAGGCGGGAGUCAGAGAGGAGAAACCAUUCCUUAGCUCGCCAUGCAGACAUCCUCGCUGCUGUGGAAACGAGGCUGUCUCUCCUAAAUAUGACUUUCAUGAAGUAUGUGGAUUCCAAUCUCUGUUGCUUCAUACCUGGAAAGGUAAUAGAUGAAAUUUAUCGAGUGCUAAGAUAUGUAAACUCUACAAGAGCUCCUCAGAGAGCUCAUGAAGUUCUUCAAGAACUAAGGGACAUUUCCUCCAUGGCUAUGGAAUAUUUUGAUGAGAAGAUUGUUCCAAUACUGAAAAGAAAGAUGCCUGGGUCAGAUGUAUCGGGACGUCUAAUAGGAACUGCCCCAGUUCCAGGGCCUUCUGCAGCGCUGACAACCAUGCAGCUGUUCUCCAAGCAGAGCCCCUCCAGGCAGGAAGUCACCAAGCUGCAGCAGCAGGUGAAAGCCAACGGCACGGGGCUGACGGCGCUGAAGCGGGAGAUCUCGGAGCUGCGCCUCAAGGUGCAGGAGCAGCAGAAGCAGCUCCAGGAUCAAGACCAGAAACUGCUUGAGCAGACCCAAAUCAUUGGGGAACAGAACGCGCGCUUGGCCGAGCUGGAGCGCAAGCUGCGCGAGGUGAUGGAGAGCACGGUGGGGAAUUCCUCGGGCUCCGGCUCAAACGAACAAUCUCCCAGGAAAAGGAGGAAGGCGGUGGAUGCCACAGACUGUCCCAGGAAAUCCAAACGCCUUCGGAACAGAAAAUAACCGGGGAGGAGACGGCGCCUUCAGGAGGAUACGCUGCUCUGGUAGCCCAAGCAGGCCUGCUUGUUUGGAUACUGUGACCAGCUCAUGGUGUCACUUAGGCUGCUGGCUCUUCAAAACACCACUUAGACUUGAACAGUGAUUUUCUUUCAUUGACUUUUCCCCUGCUUUCUAUAUGGGUGGGCCUAAUGCACAGAAUCUUUAAGAUUUGCAAUAGCUACGUACUAACCAGACCUGCUCUGUUAUGUUUUGAAGGGUUAACCUUUUUUUCCGUGCAGACGUGUUUUAAAGUAAACUUAUUUGUGUUUAUGCAUAUGUUCACAUGAAAUCUUAAAUAAAUUGUCUUAACUGACUAAAUGGUUAAGAGUAAAAACAGAUGUCCUGUUCACUUGAAGGAAAAAUCCGCUUUUAAAACCUUGUUUUUGAGAACUUGACCUUUUUUGUUACAAGUGACCUUGUCUGGAAUGUCUGAAAAGUAGUUAAUACUUUUUGGGGUUCUCUGUAACGAGUAAAACUGACUUCUUAAGCUGCAGUAUUGGCUAUAUAUUUUUGUAAACUUCCACAGAAGGGCCUUCUAUCCAGUCUUCACAUGCACACACCCUGGUCCUAGGUCUUGGGAGCCAUAUUCUACAUUUGCAUGGAUAGAUGCAUGUACAGCUUAGUCAGCCUGCCAAAAGCACUUGCCUGAAACUGUUCCAAACUCUGGGAGAGAGCACAGAGACCUGUCAAGCAAUUCCUUUGUUCCUCAGCCAUAAUCAGUGUCUGCUUUUGGGCUGUGUGGCUGCC